AUGCAUAUCAAGCCUCUUUUCGUCUUGAUAGCAACCUUUUGCACCCUUUCUGCCGCUGUCCCCUUCAAUCACGAUCACGCCUUAGCUCACAAUCCUUCACGUACCAAUCUUCAGGCUUCGUCUUCUGCUGCCUAUGCCUCUUCUUCAUCUACGCCAUCUAUGAUUACCGUGGCAGGCGCUUAUCAAUGCCCCCCGAAACAGCAUAAGUCAUGCUGCACCUCGCUGGAGGAGACAACCAAGGAAUUAAUGAAGCCUGUCAGUGAUUUGGUACCGUCGAUCGGAGGAAUCUCAAUCAGCUCGAAAGUCUCUUUCCAAUGCAAUGUUAUGGACCCGCUGGCUGCCCCGCAAACUUGCCGUGGACACGGAUAUACUCCAAUGUGCUGCGCGAACGCCGUCACAACCUCUUCUUUGGAUGCUUGCCAGCCCUUUGAGAAGGCUAAGAAGAAGUACUACCAGUCUUUGGGGUUCAAUAAAAGUGAGGAGUCGAACACAGAUCUGAUCAAUGAUGUACUCUCAUGA